GGUUUGAGGAUACGUGGGCUGCACUUCACAGAAGAUCCAAGGAAUGUGCAAGUGCUGGAGAGCUGGUGGACAGCGAGGUAAUAAUGCUUUCCACUCACUGGGAGAAGAAGAAGACAAGCCUCAUCGAGCUACAGGAGCAGCUCCAGCAGCUCCCAGCCUUAGUAGCAGAUUUGGAAUCCAUGACAGCAAAUCUGACUCACUUAGAGGCUAGUUUUGAAGAGGUAGAAAACCACCUGCUGCAUCUGGAAGAUUUAUGUGGUCAGUGUGAAUUAGAAAGAUACAAACAUAUGCAGUCCCAGCAACUGGAGAAUUAUAAGAAAAAUAAGAGGAAGGAACUUGAAACCUUCAAAGCUGAGCUGGAUGCAGAACACGCCCAGAAGGUCCUGGACAUGGAGCACACCCAGCAGAUGAAGCUGAAGGAGCGGCAGAAGUUUUUUGAGGAAGCCUUCCAGCAGGACAUGGAGCAGUACCUUUCCACGGGCUACCUGCAGAUUGCCGAGCGGCGAGAGCCCAUAGGCAGCAUGUCGUCCAUGGAGGUGAACGUCGACGUGCUGGAGCAGAUGGACCUGAUGGACAUAACCGACCAGGAGGCCCUGGAUGUCUUCUUGAAUUCAGGCGGAGAAGAUUGCACCGUGCUGUCCCCAGGCCCAGGGCCUGAAUCGGACACCUGUCAGAAUGAAAUUGCUCUUCAGGUUCCAAAUCCCUCAGACUUACAAGCCAAGCCGCGUUCCUCAUCCUCCAGCUGCACCGACUCAGCUGCCCAGGACGCCAGUGAAGGUGGGGAGUCCCCCCGUGUUCAGUCUGAUGAAGAAGAGGUUCAGGUGGACACUGCCCUAGCCACUUUCCACGCUGACAGCAAGGCCACUCUGGAUGUUAGUGAUGACAGCGACUCCUAAAUGGGACAUCUGCAUCCUCUGGCUGUGUGCAGAAUUCCACCCGUAAGGUCAGGUUGUUCAUGGAGGCGUUUUUGUUUUUUUUAAAUGGAGUUGCCGAUGAUGUGUGAGAAACUGACUGAGAGAAGAGCGAAUAAUAAAGUUGAGGACUUGAAACCUUAA